CUGAUAGGGACACCAGGGGCACAGUUUGUCAUGUGGAUCAGUAAAGAUUAGAUGGUUUAAAAAAAAAAAAAAAAAAGGACAUGAGAAGCAGAAAUGUAUCGGUUUUAAUGCAAAAUUGCUUUGGAAGCCGUGAAAUAGCUGUAGUCUGGAUGAGAGUGGGGGUGUAGCCUGUGAGCCUAUGUUCAGGCAGCAGCAGGUCUUCUCCACCCUUCAAACGAGGAUCUGUAAUUUACACGACAAGAGCCAGGCGUGUGUCGGAUCUCCAUUGGACCCUGCGCUGGAUCUGCCUCCGCUCUGCUGCUGCUGCUGCUGCUGCUCCAUCACCAGAUCAUCAUAGACAGGGCAGCAAACAGAGGCGGACAAGAAGAAGAAGAUCUGGUGUCCGUGCCAUGUGCAGAUCGACAUGUAUGUGUGAAUUCAUGCGGUGACAGCGGAGGGGAAUGGAGCAGUUGUCAUCAAAUUCCUGCAGACGCACCGACGGUGAUACAGGGGAGCCUGCCGUGUAGAGAGAAGACCUUCAUACGCAGCAGCCAAUCCGAAACAUUCAUUUUUACUGUCACCGAAAAGGAUCAGUGGUCAGGUGUCACCUUUCGUUUCAACCACAACAAUGGGGGAGCAGCCCAUCUACAGUACACGGGCCCACGUCUUCCAGAUCGACCCCAGCACCAAGAAGAACUGGCUGCCCACCAGCAAACAUGCUGUCACUGUCUCCUACUUCUACGACAGCACACGAAACGUCUACCGCAUCAUCAGCCUGGAUGGCACCAAGGCAAUAAUCAACAGCACCAUCAGUCCCAAUAUGACGUUCACAAAGACCUCACAGAAGUUUGGCCAGUGGGCGGACAGUCGAGCUAACACUGUCUAUGGCUUGGGAUUCUCCACUGAGCAUCAUCUAUCUAAGUUUGCAGAAAAGUUUGCUGAGUAUAAGGAAGCAGCACGGCUCGCUAAAGAAAAAAGUCAAGAGAAGAUGGAGAUGGCCACGUCUCCAUCGCAGGAGUCUCCAGGAGGCGAGCUCUCGUCACCUUUGACCCCAGUGACUCCACCCAUGGAAACCAUCAACGGCACAGAUGAAAUCUGUGACACAACCCCCAACUCAGACACCCGUCCAGAACCAGCGCAGAACGCACUGGCCUUCGCACACAGCCCCGCCAUGACAAAACACUGGGAGGCUGAGCUGGAGGCUCUGAAGGGAAACAAUGCCAAGCUAACAGCGGCUCUGCUGGAGUCCACAGCCAACGUCAAACAGUGGAAACAACAAUUGGCUGCCUACCAGGAGGAGGCAGAGAGACUACACAAAAGGGUGACUGAGCUUGAGUGUCAGAGCAACCAAACUCCUGUGAUCAAAUCCCAGAAGACUGAACUUAACCAAACCAUCGAGGAACUGGAAUCUACACUAAGGGACAAAGAAGAGGAAAUGGAAAAACUGAAAGAAGAACUGGAAAACAUGAAUGAUCUGAUGGAGCAGAAAGACACCCUUACUCAGAAACUUGAGGAAACGGAGCUGCGCAGUCGAGUCCUGGAGGAGCAGCUGGCAGGAGCUGAGCAGCGGCUGGAGGAGAACCAGGAGGAGCAGGAGAAUUUCAGGAAGAGCCUGCGGACGCUGUUGGAGCUGCUUGACGGGAAGAUUUUUGAGCUGACAGAGCUCAGAGAUACCCUAGCCCGACUCAUAGAAGAAGCCAGCUAGAGACGGAGCUGCUUAAACUUUAUAGACAGAGCCAUAUGAUAAUUAAUUUACACCCUGACAUCCCCAAAUCACCCUCACCGACCCGACUUGACGCUCUGUUCUCCUUGAACACCCCAGACACAAUAAAACUGAGACACUACACUGCCCUUAUUCAUAUAUUGCUCAAAAUGGGCAGCUAAUUUCCCGUUUUUACCUUGCAGACAUCAAGCUCAAAUUUCCUGCUGGCACUCCUGUAGUUUAAGACAACACAGGGACUACCUCAUCUUGCCUUCUGAUUGGCUGGUGUGGGUGUAUCCUUGGUUGAUCUCAUCAGUCAUAGAGAUGCCUGCCGUGGCACACUGCAACUGCCCCCAACCCACGCACGCACACAUACCCCCCCAACACACACACACGCACACACACAGUUAACUUGAGAACUGUGCCUCAGUGCCAUCUGCUGUUUGACUGGGAGCGCAGCGCCACAGCUUGCAGCAUAACAAUGUCACACCCUCCUCCUUUUUUCCCCCUUAAACUGUCCCCCCAAGGGGAAUGUUGAAAGUCAUGUGGAAAUAAUUGCUGUUAAGACUCAGAGAACUGCGCCAAAGCUGCCAAAUCCCCCCCAAAAUAUUGUCCUCUAACAAGCAGAUGCUUUGAUCCAAAGUGACUUACUGUACAGAGAGAAGUGCUGAACAGUGUGCAUGAGCUCGGCCUGCCAGCGGAGUGUCACUGGAAUUAAAAGACUGCUCUCAAACAAACAAGUCAGUCUCACCUGUUGGCCCAGAGUAUUAUCACUGCAACUCCCCAGCCAGGACACACAGGGCUGCUGGGAAAUAGAGUUUCAAUAAGUGGACCACUUCGCAAGUGUAAUCGAAUGACUACUAUGUAUCCAUACUCUAUAAAAAGUUCAACAUGAUUAACAAGUAUUGAUUGAAUCUUCCAGUGGCAUUGAUCAUGCCACACACAAAUUUUAGAAGGCAUGUGCCCGUGUUAGAUUUAACAUGAUUCCUGUAUCCAGACUGCUUCCACCAUCACAGACAACUGACCUGUCUUCCUGCCAAACUCAGUGUGGUGUGUGUUCUUGAACAAGGCCUGACCUUUGACCUAAUGUGUGCCUUCAAAGCACACAUAAGUGGACACGUUUGUAUAUAAUAUAGUGUGUAUGUGUGCGUGUGUGUGUUUUGUGCUGUGCGAGAAGAUCAAGGCCUUCACACACGUACACUGAGCAAUACCAGACAGGCUCUAUAUUAUAACACCUCUAUCUAACACUAUCAGGUAAUCUACUCAGCGGACCCAUGCAGAUAGGUCAGAUGCAACUCAGCUGAUCCCCCCCCCGCGUCCAAUAUAGAAAGUGUACUACUGUUGACCGCGAACCUGUGUGGCAGCCCUGACCGGUCGAAGUAGUGCAUCGUGAAGGGCUUAGAGUGUCAUCCACGUGUUCAUAAAUCUCCACCUUCAGUGAAACUGGCCACAGAUUUUCACUCAUCACAGUGAAUACAGAACUGUACUCAGUUUCUAUUGUUUUUUACACAGGAUAUAAUACUGAUGAUAUACUUAUAAAUCUGUAUAGGAUAACUUUCUAUACUUAUGUUGGCAUUGUAAAUGAAUGGAUGGAUUAUUCAAAUGCAGUAACACUCUGCAGUGGCUUAUUGUUGUGUAUUAACCCAAAUAAAAAGCAUUAUGUUGUUAUCAGACAAUGAAAACUUCUUCAAAACAUUUGAACAAUUAAGCACCACAACAUAAAGACAUAACUCUUUACUCGUAAAGAAAUGAUCUUCAAAUCAGUGGCAGUAAAUUCUUCUAUUACCUUAUAGUGUGAUUGAGCACCUUGAAUUAUUACACUGGACUAAGUAUAUUUUAUGUCCAGAGAUUUGCAUCAGUAGCACAGUUGAAUUCUUUAGUUCUUUCUGUAUUUUAUUCUCAGGUUAAUACACGAGAAUAAGGUCCACGUAGAGGGAAAUGUUACCCGGUCAUUUUCUUUCUGGUUACACUUCAACAGUCGAAUGACAGAGAUGGAAAACCACAAUAUUAUUGCUCUUGUUAAUGAAUGCCUUUGUACAGUAGUGGAUAAGAAGCUUUUCAUUCUCCUGUUUUGUAACUUAUGGUAUUCAAUGUAGGUAUUAUUAUUGUAUUUAGAGGUAUGAAAAGACUGGCAAUAUUUUUGACUAUUUAAAGUAAUUUUGAACUCAUGAUAUUAAAGAGGUACCUCAGGCUAA